UAAAUUUGAUCAGCGUGAGCGUUUAUCUCUCGUUCGUUAAACUAAUUUAAUUUUUAAUAGGCAGAAUUGAAUAACUAAAUUGUUUAUUUAUAGUUUAAAAUUUAUAAAUUUAAAAGUUAAAUUUAUUUAGAAAUUUAAAAAUCAGCGAUGUCUUCAUCCGUGUUCGGUAUUCAUUUUGGUUCGUCCACUGCUUGUAUUGCAGUUUGCAGGGAUGGUAAAAGCCAGGUUAUAGCAAACGAUUUAGGAGAUCGAGUCACUCCAGCCGUCGUUGCUUUCAAUGGAAAUGAAAUUUCCAUCGGCUUAGCUGCGAAGCACAAUGCCAUUAGGAAUGCUGCCAACACGAUAUUCAAUGUUAAGACGUUAGUGGGGAGAAAAUUUGAUGAUGGCUUGGCAGCACAGUUAGCUAAAUCGACUAAUGCCAAGAUCAUCAACAAAAACAAUGAACCUAUGUAUCAAGUAACAUAUCAAGAUAAAAUCUCGCAAUAUAGAGUUGUAGACAUCGUUAAACUCGUCUACAAAAAGAUAAUGGAAACAGCGAAAAGUUUCGGUUGCCAGACUAACACCUAUGAUACAGUAGUAGCGGUGCCAUCAUAUUUCGACGAACAGCAAAGAUCAAUUAUAAAAGAAGCAUCAAAGUCAGCCGGUUUCAAUGUCUUGCGCGUUAUUAAUGAGUGUUCAUCUGCAGUGCUUGCAUAUGAUGUUGGACAGUCUGAUCUGGAUAAGAAUUUAAAUGUCCUGGUCUUCAGGGCAGGCGGCCACUCCCUUGAUGUCUCCGUGGUGUCGGUCGUCAACGGCAUGUAUCGAAUCGUGGGCCAACUACAUGAUGAUAGCCUGGGUGGUCAUAUUAUUGAUGAUCUCCUUGUUAAGUUCCUCGUUGAUGAGUUCAAAAGACAAUCUAGACUAGAUUGCAAGUCAAAUGAAAGAUCAAUUGCUAAGCUCCUAUUGGCUGUUGAAAAUUGUAAGCACGCCCUCUCUAACCUACCAACAUCCACCUGUUCCGUUGAAUCAUUAUAUGAGGGUGUCGACUUUUCAUGCGUCAUAUCUCGAAGUCGAUUGGAUGCCCUGUCAGCCUCCUUCGUCCAAUCAUGUGUCAGCGUCAUUAAACAAGUCGUUGCGAUGGCGGGACUUAAUUUGAACGACAUUGAUAAAGUUAUUAUGUCGGGUGGGGUUUCAAAGAUGGCUUCCCUCCAGCAGAACAUUCGAGAUAUGUUUGCUUCUGCUGAAUUUUUAAAUACCAUCAGUGGGGAUGAAGUUGUUGCGGUUGGCGCCGCACUACAGGCCUCUAUCCUGGUGUCUCGUAACCCAGAAGAGACAAACCUAUUCUCCAACCUGCACAAACUACCGUGCCUACCUAAAGAUAUCUUCAUCGAGUUGCAAGAGGGCAAGCACCAUCUGCUGUUUGAAAGACUCACAGCUAUCCCUUUUCGAAGGCAAGUUCACUUUUCACUAGGUCAAGGUCAAACUUCUGCUAUCUUGCACAUAUUACAGGGGUAUAAUUCUCCGGCUAAAAAUAAACCAAAGAUGCUAAAUGGACUGAGUGACGGCGCUGGGGCUUGCCAAGGUGACAACGGUGAUGAUGGCAACGACAAUAAACUUGAAUCUUUAUUAAAGAUCGUCCUACCCAAUGUCAGUGAAGAUGGCAUAGUUGAUGUUGUCUUCCAUUUCAAACAUGAUGGGGGCUUACACGUGAUCUGCACGUCAGCCAAUCAGACGCAAGAUUUCACCGUGGACAGUAUGGCCACGGUGACGUCACCGACGAAACAUUUAAGCAAAACUAAAAUAGACAGUGAUGACGUUGGUAGUAAUGACGUCAGAACCACGUAGUCAAAGAUUGUAGAUAUAGGAAUUAAUUUUUAAAAUAAACUCGACUUUGAUUUUUUUUUUAUUUAUAUAUAAUUUUUAUUUGACCUGUUUUCGUGUUAUUAAAAAUCACUAUUGUUACCUCGUGUUUUUUUGUUCGGUUUUAAUCUGAUUAAGUUUUGCAAUUUAACUUAUUAAGUUGUAAAAUCUUUAAUAUGUUAAGCUUAGGUUAGGAUCUUCCACCACUGAUAACUUUUUCAUGUGUAACUAACGUCGUUUUGGAUUCGUUUGUGGAAAUCUGGUUCUUAAUUGAUUCUCAUGAGAUUUUAACUGCGAGGUGACAGCACGCUUAUAUCCGCACACAGUUUUUCUAUGAAUUUCAAAUGUUUUUUCAUUAUAGGUAUGAUAUGGGGUGGAUAGAACAGUAUAUAAAACUAAUUAAGCUAUCCUCACAUUGGAAUAUUUCAUGAUCCUAGCCCCGCUAAAUUUUACAUCGGGUUAAAGACAAACUGUUGUAAUUUUGUAUUACUGCCUUGUAUGCUGUAAUAAUUUCUGCGUCUGUCAGAUCCUGAUUUUUAAAGAAUAAUAAAAAAAUUUG